AUGUCGAGCGAUCCUCAUGCCGACUCCGUCGGACCCGUCGCCCACGGAGAAAGAGAAAUGCCGACGUCAACGCCGGAUCGUUAUUGGCGCCUGUUCAACGACUUAGGGAUGCCACCCCCAUUACCUGCGGUCGGCCCCCCGGCCGUACCGCCCGAGGCGUUUUUCGCCCUCGCUAAGCAAGUACAGGGAAUAGCGGAGAUAAUGCAGACAGUUGUCCCACUUAUUUCCGAAAUCAGGCGACUGACAAACGCCUCCGCCGACCCAACCCAACAAAGGUCGAGCACGGGACAGGAUGCAACCGGUGAAACCCGAGACGGGGCCGUUCACCACGAGAGUUCGCCCGCACGCGCUUCUCCCGCACCCUCCCGAGCCGCGCGACGUCGCCCUGAGCCUGACUCCGUAUCAUCCGACUCGGCGGAUAGCUUCAUUAAGGUACAAUUCUCCCAAGUCAACCGUCGCCUGGACGAAUUCCGACGUGAGCUCCAGAAGUCACGGGACGAAUCAAACGAGGGCACCUCGGGUGGAUCCCCUUUUGUUCAGGAAAUACAAGAGAAACCUGUUCCCCUCAACUUCAGGGUGCCGGCCCUAGAAACAUAUGACGGCGGCUCCGACCCAGCGGAGCAUGUCGCCGCGUUCAGGACUCAGAUGGCCCUCUACGGCACGUCCGACGCACUAAUGUGCCGUACAUUCCCGACCACCUUCAGAGGACCAGCACGCGCAUGGUUUAGCCGGCUGCGCCAGUCCUCAAUCACAUCUUUCGACCAGUUCGCCAAGGAGUUCGAACAAAGCUUCCUUACCAGCGCGUGGCCUCGGCCUCCCAUAGCCGCCCUGCUGGCACUAUCGCAGCACGGAGAGGAGAUGCUCGCACAGUUUGUAACACGCUUCGCCACGGAGAUCCGCGGGUAUCCGGAUACUCACCCUUCUUUGAUCAUGCAGGCGUUCCUGACGGGGCUGAAACCCUCGAGGUUCUUCUGGUCACUAAUUGAGAAGCCGCCGGCCACUGUCCUUGAGAUGCUCCACCGUGCCAACCAAUACGUCGCCGGCGAAGCGUUGGCAGCAGGAAGACGCACGGUCGGGAAGAAACCGCGGAUCGAGCAAUCCCGAGCUGCCACCUCGUCGGUCGACCCGCAACCCCAUCGGAGGCUCGACCAUCCCGAGCAGCGGCUCCCGAGGCCUCCGCCCCUCCCACUCAACACGCCUCGUAUCGAGAUCUUCCUCCAGAUCAGGGAGAAAGGUCUUUUGCGACCCCCCAAUCCCAUGAGAGCUACUUACAAAAACCGGUCGAAAUACUGUAGGUUCCAUCGAGACCAUGGCCAUGACACAGAGGACUGCCACGACCUCCAGAACCAGAUUGAGGAGCUGAUCAGAAGGGGGUACCUCGGCCGCUAUCUCAAGGAACCUCGAGAAGCAACCCCGCGUCCCCAGAUGCCCGUCGAAAAGCAGGUCGAUGUCAUCAUCGGGAGACCGGCGGCAGGCGGCGGCAGCUCAAGCGCAAGGAAAUCCUAUGCCCGAAGCUCGGUCGAGAAACGCCCCCGACCCGAGCUAGAACCCGAAAUCUCUUUUGGGGCCGAGGAGGGGGAACGGUCCCAUCAUGACGACGCUCUGGUGAUCUCCAUCCAGAUCGCCAACGCUCGGGUAAAGAGGGUAAUGGUCGACACUGGGAGCUCCGCCGACGUCUUGUACCUCGACGCCUUCAAAAGGCUCGGCUUGCCCACCGAGGACCUCAUUCCCAAAGCUCGGCCCUCACGGGAUUCACCGGAGACUCAAUCUCCCCGCUCGGCACCACCACACUCCCUGUUACCAUUGGGGAGGAACCAAGGACCAGGACAAUAA